GUGACGUAGGGCCGGUCCUUCACUGUGUACACUCACCGGUCACACACAGCAGCGCAGCCGCCCUGUUUACCUCCCCGCUCUCUAAUUAACCGCCCUGACCGCCUCGUCGUCCAGCCAUGAUCAAAAACGGCCACCACGCGUCCAGCCAGGGCGGCGGGGCGCCGCGGGAGCGCGCCACGGAGAAGAGGAAGCGCGUGGUUCGGGUUUGGUGCGACGGAUGCUAUGACAUGGUCCACUAUGGUCACUCUAAUCAGCUGCGGCAGGCCAAGGCGAUGGGAGAUCACCUGGUGGUGGGAGUUCACACAGACGGAGAGAUAGCGAAACACAAGGGUCCCCCGGUCUUCACUCAAGAGGAACGCUAUAAGAUGGUCCGGGCAAUAAAGUGGGUGGACGAGGUUGUAGAGGGAGCUCCGUACGUCACCACACUGGAGACGCUUGAUAAACAUAACUGUGACUUCUGCGUCCACGGAGAUGACAUCACGUUAACGGUGGACGGGAAGGACACGUAUGAUGAAGUGAAGCGGAUGGGGCGGUACAGGGAGUGUAAGCGCACUCAGGGCGUUUCGACCACAGACCUGGUUGGCCGGAUGCUGCUGAUGACGAAAGCUCAUCACACUAAUAUGGAUAACUCCGAUUACCAACAACAUGCAGAUAACUUUGGGAAGGGUCCUAAAGGCCACAGCCCGUGGACCGGCGUCUCUCAGUUCCUCCAGACGUCUCAGAAGAUCAUCCAGUUCGCCUCAGGAAAAGAGCCCCAGCCUGGAGACACCAUCAUUUACGUAGCCGGAGCGUUCGACCUCUUCCAUAUCGGUCAUGUGGACUUCCUGGAGGCGGUGUUCAAACAAGCAGAGAGGCCAUACGUCAUUGUUGGGCUGCACUUCGACCAGGAGGUCAACCGUUACAAAGGGAAGAACUACCCCAUCAUGAACAUCCACGAGAGAACGCUGAGUGUGCUGGCGUGUCGGUAUGUGUCAGAAGUGGUCAUUGGGGCUCCAUACGCUGUGGAUAAAGACCUUCUAGAUCACUUUAAGGUGGACCUGGUAUGUCACGGACAGACAGAAGUGUUUCCGGAUAAGGACGGCGCCGACCCCUACGCCGAGCCGAGGAAGAGAGGAAUAUUUCGUGUUAUCGAGAGCAGAAAUGGCCUCACGACUGAUGACAUCGUUCAGAGAAUCAUUGAGAACAGGCUGCAGUUUGAGGCGAGGAAUCAGAAGAAAGAAGCGAAGGAGAUGGCUGCGAUCGAGGCACUGAGGCGCAGAGAGGACGGAGAGAAGAGCCAAGCUUAGUAGCAACCAAAGAAAAGACACGACGGCGAAAAACCAAGGGCUUGACCAGAAAAGCGCUGGUCCUCUUCUCCUCUCGUUCUCCUGUCCUCUCCUCACACUGGGUCAAAUACUGGUGGACACUGUAGCGUCAACUCCUUCCGCAACGUACUUUAAAGCAGCCUGGUUUUAGUCCUCGGGGGAGGACUAUUAUUACACAAUAAGGUCAAUGCAAAUAAACAGCAAUACAGUCAAUAUUCAUUUUAGUUCUCUAGUAUGCUGACUUGGCCAUUUUCAGACCUCUUGUAGCUGCCGUUCAGUAUCUGUUUGGGCUGGUCAGUCCUUAAUUAAAGCGAUAGUUCAGGAAUAAAUCAAAGUCAGGUGGUUGACAUUCUUAUCCAAAUGUCCUCGAUCGUUGUACGAGGCUACUGUAGCUUAACGGAAGCUUCUUUUGUAUAGAAAGUCUUAACAACAAGUCUGUCUGAGAUUUGGCGCCGUUUGAGGCGAGCGUGUGAUGAUUUUAUGUAUGCAGUUAGCACCGCGCUAAUAGGUGUCCAUAAGCUUCUAUUACUUGUUGGCUACAUUAGCCUCGUAGCUUAAGUGCAAACAAAUUAGCAUGCCUAAAUCAUUAUAUAUAAACAUCAAUGAAAUAGAUGUCGUUAGCACCAUGCUAAUUGGUGUUUAUAAGUAUGUUUUGCUUGGUAGGUACAUUAGCCUCGUAGCUCAAGUGCAAAUGACACCAGACAUGUCUUCGAAUUGCGAGCGCUGAAUUACAGGCACAGAUUAGCAUGCCUAAAUCAUUAAAUCAUUAAUCAUUAACCAAAUCGAUCUAGUUAGAUCUAGUAAUUAGCAUCAUGCUAAUUGGUGUCCACAAGCUUCCAUUACUUGUUAGCCACAUUAGCAUUGUAGCUGUAAAGCGGCAACCUUCAGACACCUCGCUUGAUCGACCACAUUUGGAUUAAGGAUGAAUUUAUUUAUCAGUUUGUUAAAUCAGGUUCCGGUGGUGGAACUAAACGGAUCCAUACGGUGCCUCAAGUGGAACCAAACAUGUUCUUCCUACCAGCUUACAACAAAACACACUCUGCUUGCUUCUUACGCUGUUAAUGUUUAUUUGCAUUCAUGUUAAUGUUCUUUAGCCAGGUUAGCAGGCCCAGAUUAAGCCUAAUCCCAGACUAAAGAGGAAUUUCUAGUAGAAAUUCACCUUCACUGCUGCAGUUUAGUCCGAGACUAGGCUUAAUCCAUGUCUGGGAAACCAGCCCACAAGUACAAGCACACUUACUGCCCAGAUGAAUAGCUUUACAGAGUUUAACCUGUAUUUCCUCAUCAUUACGCAUUUGUUUAUUCGGUAACCCAGAAAAUGUGCUCCUUUUCUGACAUGGUUGGGGUUAGAACCCCAGUACCGCUUACAGGACUAAAACUAAGGGCUGCUUUAACAGAACCGGUCACGGCGGGAACCCUGGGUAAACGUUACUGCUUUUUAAUAGCAACAGCUCAUCGUGUGGUGAGAGUGAUUUAAUCAUGAAACAGUACCUGUUAAAUGGGUAGAAACACACGUUAGUCUCUCUGUCGGAGAGGUUUGUAAAAAAACAAAAACAACGAAAAAAAAGAAUCAUUGUUUUCCUUCAUUCACUACGGUAAUCUGAUGUAGUGUUUUUUAAUGGUUUUAAUGUGUUUUUUCUACACACGGCAGUCGUUGGAGAGAAUCACCUCAGAAAGCCCCGUUUAGCCCCGUUUCGUAUCGCUGCUGUCGGAACAAAAGCUCACAUCUCCAGAAUUUCCUUCACAGGAGAAGGAAAACACAUACUUUAUCCUUCAGUGUAAGUCAGAGUAACCAGACUUUUUCCAUGUCAUUUUGGGCUGGUUCUUUUGGUCCAUUCAUUGUGAAAUUUACACACAAUGUAAAGAACAAAUUUAGUCAAAAACGGAAAAAGGAGGUUUUGUUCCGACGGCUUCGGCUGUUCUUCUGUGUGAGAUUUAUGCUAAAUGGCUACUAUAGAAGUUGCUCUCCAGUUUGACCCAAUGAGCUUCUUUACCAAGCUUUAUUAGUAAAGCGAUGGCCAAAAAAAACUUGUUUACAUUUUCCAGCAAGUUUGUUGUUUUUUUGGUGAUAUAAGCAAUCAUAUAAAGUAAUUAUUAAAAUUAUUAUUAUGGUUUGUUGAAGCUUAUGCUUAUUUGCAUCGUGCAAACUGCAUGCCCGUAUCUAUUUUGUUCAUGUUUGUCAAAAAUCUGAUUGGUUGGCUGACUAGAAAUAUCCACAGAAAAUGAAGGGAAGAUGUUCUCACCUUGGAAUUUCCAAGUUACUGACUAGAAAUAUCUACAGAAAAUGUUGGGAACGUGUUUUAUUUACUAUCCAAAAGCACCAGUGAACCCACACGUGUCUUCUGAGUUUAUAUAGGAAGUUGAUGGUAAAUCAGUAGAAAAUCUGACAAUGUUAGUGUUUCUGGGGACUAUUUUGCCUCACAACUCCUUGCAUGUACCCCUCCACCAUGAAUGGAUUAAAAUUUAGUUUUUAGUAUUAAAAGUUUAGUUAUAUGUUUAACCAACUACCAUGUCUUUGUUCACUGACUUAAAGCUAAUACUCCAAUAAUCUCAUUUAAAAGUGGAGAAGUGGAGCUUCAUUACUGCUCAGUGUGAACUGCCAUGUUGAUUUGGUGUUGAAUGCUGAACUCGUUUAGUACUACAGUAGCGUAGAACAAUCUGAAUGUGUUUUCUUUGGAUAUUUCUAGUCAGUACCUUGGAAAUUCCAAGUUGAGAACAUCUUCCCAACGUUUUCUUUGAAUUUUUCUAGUCAGUAAUGUUAAAAUUUCAAGGUGAGAACACCUUCCCAACGUUUGCCUCAGCUGUUUCUAGACAUUACCUUGGAAAUUUCAAGGUGAGAACACCUUCCCAACGUUUGCCUCAGCUGUUUCUAGACAUUACCUUGGAAAUUUCAAGGUGAGAACACCUUCCCAACGUUUUCCUCGGCUGUUUCUAGACAUUACCUUGGAAAUUUCAAGGUGACCGCACGUUCCCAACAUUUUCUUUGGAUAUUUCUAGUCAGUAACUUGGAUAUUCCAAGUUGAGAACACCUUCCUAACAUUUUCCGCCACUAUUCCUAGACAUUAACUUAGGAAUUCCAAGUUGAGAACAUCUUCCCAGUAGUUUCCUUGGCUAUUCCUAGACAUUACUAGAUUACGUAGACAUCCUACAUUUAAUUUGCAUUGUGGGUGUUUUUCUGGUGAAAUGUUUCUGCAGAAGAAUGUAACUUGCCACGUCAGACCAUGUGAGCCAGACCAUCUCCUCCACACGAACCAAAGACUUCUGUUUUUAAAGCUUUUACCUCAGAUGACGUUUCAGAUGCUGAUGCUAGGCUAACGGCUUCAGCUGUGGUGGUCCCAACCCGUCCCCUUCCUGCAAAUUAGUGUCAAACGUACAGCCGUAAUAUUAAAAGCACCUCCUUGUUUCUCCACUAACAGCCCACUGUAGAACAGGACCCCCCACAGAGCAGGUAUCAUCUGGGUGGUAGGUCAUUCUCAGCACUACAGUGACGCUGAGGUGGUGUGUUAGCGUGUUGCACUGGUGCGAGUGGAUCAGACACAGCAGUGCUGGUUGGUGAUGGGUGUGCAUUUCUAGAGGAAAGUAACGUAGAUGUACUUUCAAUAUUGUCUUUGGUACUUCUUGGUAACUUGUUUGCCCCCCGGUUGCUGGCGGUCAGCAUCUAAUAUGAAGGAAUGGGGCGGAUGAAUGUUGAACGAACAGACUGGCUGUUUUCCUGCGUUUGUUAUGUAAUUCGUGUGUCGGUUUGGUUCCAGACGUGAUGUUUAUUCUGUGAGGAGAUAUUUUUUUAUAAGUUUUAAACACUACAGGCUUUUAUUUCUGUACAUAUCCAGGUAAAGUUUUCCACCCACAAGUUAAACAUGGACCCAUUUCCAUAGUCAGCAAUGACUCAGUUGAAAGUUACCCAUAGAAAUACACUGAAGGGGAAUGCCACCAGCUUUGCAAAAUUCUGAGUGCGCUGCACAAAAAAAAGAUCUUAAUAGGAGAAAUCAUCUAAAAAUCUGGUGUAGAUUUCUAAUAUUUCCUGUCUUGAGAUGGUUGCAGAAAUGUUAAGAUGAUUUAAUGUAUUUCUUUUUUUCUCAUUGCGGUUUUUUUUUUUUUAGCUAAGCUAUAUUAUCUGCCAAUCUAGUGAGAAUUUUACUUGAUAAAGUUGCUCAAAAGGUGUAAAAAUGUCUAGAAAUAAGUUAAACAAUCUUGUAAUGAUACUAUUUACAUGAAUAUUUGAUGUGUUGACUAGCUUUCCGAUAAUUUGACUAGGAAAAUAAAACUUUUUUGCAGUGAACUUCAUCACUGAGAGAGAUUCGGAGCGGUUUGGUUUGAAAUAGUUCAGACGUCUUUACAGUGGUGGUGAUGGGAAGCAGGCGUCGUCAUGACUACAGCGCAGAUUUAGACGUUUUAUUUACCAUCCAGAACCACCAGAGAACCUACACGAGUCUUCUGAGCUUAUAUGGAAUGUUGAUGAUGGGAAAACUUUAGAAAAGUCACGAAUUGCUUUGCUGCGCUCUGAAAUGUGAGUAGCUGUAGGAACCUAAUGCGACUGAUCCGUCCACGUCUCUGAUGCGUGAAUGGAAAUGCGUGUUGACCACUUCUGUGUCCAUCCUGUUGUAAUCUGUUCACUGUUCUCUGUAAGACACACAUUAAUUUAUCUCCUUCUUGGUUCUGAUCGCCGUCAAUAAAGCAUCUCCCUGUA